AGGGAUAGUGAUUCUUUAUCAGCUGAUGAAGGCAGUGACUUUGAAGAUAGCCUGAGACACAGCGUGAAGAAGAGAGCAGCAAAACGACCACUCAAAACAACCCCAGUAGCAAAACAUCCAAAGAAGGGGUCCCGAAUGGUACAUGGUCAUGGCCAGAAAGACUCAGAGCUACCACCCAGUGAUCUCUUUGAUGCUGUGAAAGCUGCCAAAAGUGACAUGCAGUCUUUGGUGGAUGAGUGGCUGGAUAGCUACAAGCAAGACCAGGACGCAGGAUUCCUGGAGCUCAUUAACUUUUUCAUCCGAUCUUGUGGAUGUAAAGGCAAUGUGACCCCCGAGAUGUUCAAGAAGAUGUCCAACUCAGAGAUCAUCCGGCACCUAACAGAACAGUUUAAUGAGGACUCAGGAGACUAUCCCCUGACAGCACCAGGUCCAUCCUGGAAGAAGUUCCAGGGCAGCUUCUGUGAAUUUGUGAAGACGUUGGUCUAUCAGUGCCAGUAUAGCCUUCUCUAUGACGGCUUCCCCAUGGACGACCUCAUCUCCCUGCUCACCGGCCUCUCAGACUCCCAAGUCCGUGCCUUCCGUCACACUAGCACCCUGGCGGCCAUGAAGCUAAUGACCUCCCUGGUAGGAGUUGCCCUUCAGCUGAGUCUGCACAAAGACAAUAAUCAGCGACAGUAUGAGGCUGAACGAAAUAAGGGGCCAGGACAGAGAGCACCUGAGCGGCUGGAGAGCCUGUUGGAGAAACGCAAAGAACAGUGUCUGAGACUCCCCGAGCAUGAGGUUGGCAGGACUCCCCAUGUGUCACUGCAUCAACUGACUGUUUUCCCACCCCUCACCAAGGUCUCUUCCAUGCUCCAAGAGCAUCAAGAGGAGAUUGAGGGGAUGAUGAAUGCCCUUUUCAGGGGUGUCUUUGUGCAUCGGUACAGGGAUGUCCUUCCUGAGAUCCGUGCUAUCUGCAUCGAGGAGAUUGGGUCUUGGAUGCAAAGCUACAGCACAUCUUUCCUCACUGACAGCUAUUUGAAAUAUAUUGGCUGGACCCUGCAUGAUAAGCAUCGAGAAGUCCGUCUGAAGUGCCUGAAGGCUCUAAAAGGGCUGUACAGCAGCCGGGAUUUGACUGCCCGCCUGGAGCUCUUUACCAGCCGCUUCAAGGACCGGAUGGUUUCCAUGGUCAUGGACCGAGAGUAUGAUGUGGCAGUGGAGGCCGUCAAGUUACUAAUACUUAUCCUGAAGAACAUGGAAGGGGUGCUGACAGAUGCAGACUGUGAGAGCGUCUACCCUGUUGUGUAUGCCUCUAAUCGAGCCCUGGCGUCUGCUGCAGGGGAGUUUCUGUACUGGAAGCUCUUCUACCCUGAGUGUGAGACUAGAACAGUGGGUGGGAGACAGCGACGCCGAAGUCCACGCGCCCAGAGGACUUUUUUCCACCUUCUGCUGUCCUUCUUUGUGGAGAGUGAGCUCCAUGACCACGCUGCUUACUUAGUAGACAGCCUGUGGGACUGUGCAGCGUCUCAGCUGAAAGACUGGGAGAGUCUCACAAGUCUGCUGCUGGAGAAGGACCAGAACUUGGGAGAUGUGCAGGAGAGCACGCUGAUAGAAAUCCUUGUGUCCAGCGUUCGGCAAGCUUCAGAGGGUCACCCGCCUGUGGGGCGGAUUACUGGGAGGAAGGGCUUAACCCCAAAAGAACGGAAGAUCCAAGCCGAUGACAAGGUGAAGCUGACGGAGCACCUCAUCCCCCUGCUCCCCCAGCUCCUGGCCAAGUUCUCAGCUGAUGCAGAGAAAGUUGCUCCCCUGCUCCAGCUUCUCAGCUACUUUGACCUCAACAUCUACUGCACUAGGCGCUUGGAGAAGCAUCUGGAGCUGUUCUUACAGCAACUCCAGGAGGUGGUAGUGAAGCACGCAGAGCCCGCGGUGCUUGAGGCAGGUGCUCAUGCCCUCUAUCUGCUCUGUAAUCCUGAGUUCACGUUCUUCGGCCGGGUAGACUUUGCCCGCAGCCAACUGGUGGAUCUGCUGACUGACCGCUUCCAGCAGGAACUUGAAGAGCUGCUGCAGUCAUCUUUCCUAGAUGAGGAUGAGGUGUAUAGUCUGGCAGCCACUCUGAAGCGCCUCUCUGCCUUCUACAAUGCUCAUGAUCUGAGUCGCUGGGAGCUCUAUGAGCCAUGCUACCGGCUCCUCCGGAAGGCUGUGGACACAGGAGAGGUUCCUCACCAGGUGAUCCUGCCAGCCUUGACUCUUGUCUAUUUUUCCAUUCUCUGGACACUAACCCACCUUUCUGGAUCAGGUGCUUCCCAGAAGCACCUGUUGAGUUUGAAGGGCAGGAUGGUGGCUUUCUGCGAACUCUGCCAGAGUUGCCUCUCAGAUGUGGAUUCGGACAUCCAGGAGCAGGCUUUUGUUUUAUUAAGUGAUCUACUUCUCAUCUUCAGCCCUCAGAUGAUCGUAGGGGGUCGUGAUUUCCUUAGACCUCUUGUCUUUUUUCCUGAAGCUACUCUCCAGUCUGAACUAGCCAGCUUUCUCAUGGACCACGUCUUCAUCCAGCCUGGAGAACUGGGCAGUGGUCAUUCCCAGGAGGAUCAUCUACAGAUAGAACAGCUGCACCAGCGGCGCCGCCUCCUGGCUGGGUUCUGCAAACUCUUGCUUUAUGGGGUCCUGGAGAUGGAUGCAGCCUCAGAUGUGUUCAAACACUACAACAAGUUCUACAAUGACUAUGGUGACAUUAUCAAGGAAACACUAACUAGAGCAAGGCAGAUUGACCGGAGUCAUUGUUCCCGAAUCCUGCUGCUGAGCCUCAAGCAGUUGUACACAGAACUGCUGCAGGAACAGGGGCCCCAGGGCCUGAAUGAGCUUCCAGCCUUCAAUGAGAUGAGGGACCUGGCCCGAAGGUUUGCCUUGAGCUUUGGACCCCAGCAGCUACAGAACCGUGACCUUGUGGUCACGCUACACAAGGAAGGCAUCAAAUUCUCCUUGUCUGAGCCUCCUCCAGCUGGCUCCUCCGGUCAGCCCCCAAACCUGGCAUUCCUGGAGCUCCUUUCCGAGUUUUCCCCCCGACUCUUCCAUCAGGACAAGCAGCUGCUACUGUCCUACCUGGAAAAGUGUCUGCAGCGUGUCUCCCAGUCACCUGAUUGUCCCUGGGGUCCAGUCACCACCUACCGCCACUCCCUCAGCCCUGUGGAGAACACAGCAGAGGCCAGCUCCCAGGGCUACCCCCGCUCCAAGAAGAGGCGCACUGAAGGCCCCUCCAGGCAACAGAGAGGGGAUGCCUCUUCAUCCCAGGAAGAAAGCCUGCAGCUGAACAGCAUCCCCCCCUCACCCACCCUCACCUCCACAGCGGUGAAGAGGGCGCAGCCCCUGAGGGGGUUGGAAGAAGUGGAGGAAGAAGGCAGCUCAGAACCGGAGCUUACCCAAGGCCAGCCCCUUUCAGGUAACCAGAGGUCAAGGUUCUCGAGUCCACAGCAUUUCCGGACUCUGCUCAACCCUUCAGGUCCUGGUUUGGGCACCCGGCUGACCCGCCUCAGCCUUAUGGAAGAGGAUGAAGAAGAGUUGGAAAGUCACAAUGAGUUAAGUGAAGGAUGGCAAGAUACAGACAAGCACUCUUCUCCCAGCGAGCACGGGCUGGACCUCUUAGAUUCUACAGAGCUGAACCUUGAGGAUUUCUGACAGGACUCUGUGCCCCUCCCACCUCCACUCCCCACCUCAACUUGGAAAAGGCAAAUAGGAGAAGAGAGCAGAAGGAACCAUUACUUCCAGGCCCCACCCUGGUCUUUGAAGGGAAGGAGAGUGGGCUGUGCCUUCCUAACCUAACCUAACCUUUCUCUGAUGAUGUUGGGCUAGAGAAGCCUUAGGCCCCCUGUCCUUCUUAAUGCUCCCCGGCUCCGUCCCGGUGUUGAGUGCCUUUUUCCUGCUGUGUCUGGAGUGGGUGGGGGCUUUACCUCAGUAUGGGAGAGGCGCUGGCUCCCUGUGCUGAAUGGAAAGAGCCCAACAGUUUCCUGUAUUUUGGGAACAGUUUUCCCAGCCUCUUUUGUACCCUAGUGAUUAGCUCAAUAAACAUGUUUCAAGCA